AUGUCUGCUCCUCGAUCGACCUCGCCGCCGCGCGCGCGGAGGGCGUUGCAAGAGCGGACUUCCGCCCACAACAAUGAAAGAUCGCCAACUCGCUCAUUACGGAUGGUAUCGGCAGACCACGAGGAGGUGGACCAGGAGGUGAACAUGUAUACCGCGACGCCAUUCCCCACGAAACCCGAACAGAUUUUGCUGCCGAUUCCCGGGAAAGGACAACAGGAAUAUAUCUCCGACACUGGGUUCAGCUAUUCGGAUCACAUUGGACCCUCAUCAUCGACAUAUUCAUCGCCAACCUUCAGUCACCCGACCCCGGCCAGCCCGCGAGAUCUCUCAAUUGGCGAAGGAUGGGAUAGGUCAACAGUGGACGCGGGCAAUUCGCCGCCAGAGAUGUGGGAUGACGACCCCAAUUCGAGCAAGUCCUCUCUGCCAGACCUGCCGUCGGGAAAAGCGCCCAAUUAUGGAUCGGAGGGCUCCGAGCCUGAGUUCUCGGAUGACGAUAUGGCUGUUUUGCCAACUGCGACGCCAACGAUCAAAGCUGUUCUCUCGGAUUAUUCGAUGUCGCCCAAGUCUUCGGAUGAAUCAAUUGCCGGUUAUUCCAGCCCGAAUAUCGAACAGAUCGGCGCUCCAUCGAGCCCCAACUUUGUGACCCUGGACAAUUCUAGCAUGCACUUCCCUCGCCCACACAGUGCAUCAUCCGAGACUCCACGAUCAAACUCAAUCUCCUCAUUCAACUCACGGGGAACAGUCGUGAGACAUUCCGGCGCCACUCCCUGGUUCCAGACAACUUUCCAGACAGUUUCAUCCGACCGUCUGAGCUACCGUACCCCUUCCUACCAGUCCAGCCCGCCCGUUCAGUCUGUGGCGUCCUUCCGGUCAAGCUCACGGGCUCCAUCAGGCCCUCGUUCCCGCUCGGCGACAUCUUCCUCGCGUAGUCUCCGUUCCGCCUCUGAUUUGCAGGCAGCAAUUGACAAUGGUGUGCCCAUCCAAUACCCCCGAAUUCGUGGGCCAUCAUCGUCGAGCUCUCGCGCAGAUACCUCCGUAUCAGGAGACCGUGACUUCAGCCCCGGCCCAGCAUCUGGUCGCUGCAAUCCCCACCUGGCAUCUGGCCGCUGGAACCCUCACCUGUCAACUGUUUCAUCUGAUUGGUCCGCCGAUGACUUGGCAAACCUCUCCGCCCAGCCCGGACCCCAGUCUGAUUCGGACCGUUCAAUGGCAGAGAUUACGCCUCCACCCGCUGCCGCCCUCAAGAAGGAAGACACCCGGUCUUCCGUUUGGCUCGUCGAGAGCUCAACUGACAGUGAUGAUGAGCGCCUUGAUAGCCUGACCAAGCUCCCCUCCCGUCCGAUCUUCGCCCAGAGCAUCUCUUCUGGCUCCAAGCGCAGUAACAGCACUCGCAGCACCCGCCCGGGCACUGGCUCCAGCAACAUCUUCAAUAUCCUUCCCACCUGGGCGAAGGUGUAUUAUCUGCACGAACCAAUGGGAUUGAACUCCACCCUGACCAUGAUCGAUGGCAGCCGACCAUCAUCUGCCCGCGCACCCUCGACAAAAGCGCCCUCAACACAGGCCCCAUCAAUCCGAGCCCCAUCCAUCCGCGCACCUUCAACACGCACGGGAACCUCUAACUCCAGUGUCUUCAACCUGGUCCCCGGGCCUCUGAACGUCCCGCGCCCGCGGUCCCCAGAACAGACCGGGACCACCCAACGGCCUGUUUCACCACUGCCCCAGCACCGCCGCCUGCAAAGCGAUAUGCGUGAUCCCCGUGCCCACUGGGUACCCUCACCGCAGCCUUCGGAUGGCGGGUCCAGCAACGCGAAUCACCGCCUCCACCACAGCUGGUCUCCCCACCUGCUUCCCGACAGACGAGUUCUGCAAGGGUCGAGAUCAGGCUGGCGCGCGCCUUCACUGGACUCCCGCAGCGAGCCGACCUUUGGUCGCCGCAACAUCCAAGUCUACUCUUUCUGCGUUGGCUUCAUCUUCCCACUCGCCUGGUGUAUCGCGGCCUUCUUGCCCUUGCCACCCCGGCCAACACUGUCUCCCGAAAUGGCCGAGUGUGGAUUAGAGUCCGAUGUUGAAGCUGCGCUUGAGGUGCAGUGCAUGAACAUCCAGCAGCGUCGACAUGACAAUGCGCGCUGGUGGAGAAAUCUCAACCGAUGGAUGAUUUCCCUCGGUGUCAUCAUAAUCGUGAUUGUCAUCACGCUAGCCGUCAUCGGCACUACGACAGGGUUCUAG